AUGCAGCAACCAUCCAUUCCAUCCAAUGACCAAAAGCUUGCUUUUCGGAAUGCCACUAGAAUUUCGAGUGGUCCAAGAAACCAGCUGCCGUUAAAGGAAGGACAGACAAAACUAAUGGUCCGCGAACUCGAUGUAACGGGUGAUAGUCAAUUGGGAGCUCUACCCAAUCCGCUAAUCAAUCAAAAUAUAAGUCGGUCCCAAGAUCACUCUAGAUCAUCAGGAAGAUUACUGCUCAUACCGCCGUUGGAGUCGCCGAAUUUGACCUCGCGGGUUGCUGUCUAG